AUGAAGAGAAACUACACCUUCAAAAUGAAAAUAUUUUAUAUUAUCUUUAUUUUUAUAUGGAUUACUUUCAAAACAACUGCUUCAGAAAGCGAUGAAGAGCCCGACUCACUCAAGCAGAAUUGCCCUGGUAUCUUGAUGUUUGAGCAAACUGCAUUUUUGCAAGAUAUGAGUGUCGAGCUGCCUUGCCGCUGCAAGCCUGAUAAAAUCACAGCAGUGAUAUGGUUUUACAAAAGGCAUCUUAACAGCAAGGAUGUCACAUUAAUAAAGGACAGCAAGGAUAAAGUGAUGGUGGACGAUUCAAGCUCUAAGAGGGAAGCUGAUUUGUAUGCAAGAUUUGAUGUCGUCGACCACGACCUUCUGAUUGUCCAUUCCCAUCCUGAUGACUCUGGAAUUUAUAUCUGUGGUUCAAAGACAGGCGAGUUCUUUUAUGGUUAUGAACUUGAUAUCCAGAAAAACUCGGAUGCACGAGUGAUAUUCAGUGACAAGGAGGAAAAUCCCAUUCCAGAUUUUAUAACAGAUGAAUUUCAAGCCUACACCAGUUUGGGGAAAUGGUCCCCAUGUGAUCGAUGUGGAGUUAGAGGAGAGCAAACAAAAAUCGGCCUGUGCUAUGUCAAUAGCAAGUAUAUUAAUCCACGCUACCAAGUCAAAGAUACAGAUGUUUCAAGUGGCUCGGAUGCUAUCCCUGAAAGAUUCAAGCCACUGAUUGCCAAUCGUACAGCGGAGAUAUUUGUCAGGAGCUGUGAGGCUCCCUGUGACAAGAACAGAACAGGCAUAUUGGGAAAAGUUGUGAAUGCUGCAAACAAUGUGGCAGGGUAUUUGAAAAAUCGAUUUGGUUUUCUUCCAAUACACAAAUUGCCCACCCAGAAGCAUGUUUCUCCUUUGGGCGGUAAAGUGACGAUUACUUGUCCGGGAUCAAAACCAGAGGAUGCAGUAGCCUGGGACAAAGAUAAGGAGAGACUGUACCGCACCGAAUUCCUGAUUGGAAUACGCAAGUACAUGAACGUGUUUAUCGACCACGGAAACAAUUUGCACAUUAAAUUUGCACAAUUCAGUGACAAAGGACUGUACACCUGCUGGCUUAAUGGAAAGCGGCAAGCUUCUUUCGAGCUGAAUGUUAGCAAGAAACCUCCGAUGUUGUUUCUACUGCUGCAAAUGCUGUCCGCUUAA